AUGUAUUUAACUUGCAGAUUUGAGGAAAGCAAGUCAGCAGAAAAAGCCGUCGUUGCUUUAGAGGAGAGUACUUCAGGUGAGCCAAAGACACCAACCGAAUCACAUGAAAAGUUGAGAAAAGUAAGAUCUGAUCAAGGAAGCUCCACAACGAGCAGCAACCAGGAGAAUAUCGGAUCAUCAAGCGUAAGCUUCCGUAACCAAGUUCUUCAGUCCACAGUAACGAAUCAGAAGCAAGAUUCACCCAUACCGGUAGAAUCAAAUCGCGAGAAAGCAGCUAGCAAGGAAGUAGAAGCUGGUUCUCAAAGCACCAAUGAGGGGAUUGCUGGACAAAGCAGUAGCACAGAGAAACCAAAGGAAGAAGAAAGUGCGAAACAACGUUGGAGUAGAAGCCAGAGAGAAGCUGCAUUGAUGAAGUUCCGGUUGAAGAGGAAAGAUCGAUGCUUUGACAAAAAGGUUCGGUACCAGAGCAGGAAGAAGCUAGCAGAACAACGUCCUCGAGUGAAAGGCCAGUUCGUGCGAACCGUGAAUUCAGACGCGUCUACAAAAUCAUGAAGAGCUCUUUCAGUUUUUCCUCUGAUUUCUUUUGUUGAUUUUAUAACAGAAACUUAUUUAGCUUUUGCAAUCUUUAGUGUGCUUUUUUUUUUUAUGUAUUUGAUUGGCUUCUUCUUCUCAGCUAAUAUGAGAUACUGGGGCAACUUUUGUAUAUAUGUCUGCAAAUGAUCAGGCUAAGCUAAAACAGUAAUUCCAAUUUCGUUAAGUUGAGAAAUAUUUCUUGUUGUGAUCA